GGACGGCCAGCAGAGACGCUUCAUAUCCAGGCUAAACUCUCACUUUCACGCCUUCUUUGCAUGUUUGUGCCGGCUCAAAACAUGCCAUCGAAUUAUUCCUGUUGAUCGCCAAGCGCUCGAGCUGACUCAUUGUGGAGAGCUGUACUGUGGAUAUGGACACCCAUGCACACACACACACACACACACACACCACUGACGCUCCUCUUACGGCACACUCUCAUAAACACACACAUGCGCACACUUACUCGUACAAGUGCUCUCCAAACGGCACACUCUCACUUCAGCUUUUGCACAGGAUGUUAUGAAAUCGGCACGCUUGCUGAAACUUGGUGAAGGUCGCUGGGUGUCCUCUCUUGCAUCCACCCACCCACUCUUCACCUGACACACACACACACGCACACACACACACGCACACAUUGCUGUGCAGACAGCUGAAGCACGCUCAGCUCAGUCCCAGUCUUCUCCCUUCUCGUGUGAGGAGCCUGCCGGUGGAUCGGAGCGAAGAGGCCCCGGGCCGGAGUCGAUUCCUUCUCGCAGCCCAGACGUUUUCUCAGACGGGGAGGGAUACCGAUGGCCGUGACCGACAUUCCAGAGGACGACCUGGAUGAGAUGAUGCGUGAAGAAGCGGAGGAUGUCUUCUAUGAAGACGGAGUGUCUUCGCGCGUCCCGGAGAUCAUGGCGGCCGGCACCCACUCCCCUGGAGGGCCCAAUGGGAUCAUACGGAGCCAGUCGUUCGCUGGAUUCAGCACGUUGCAGGAGCGGCGCUCUCGCUGUAACUCGUUCAUUGGGAACUCCGCGGUGCCGAAGAAGCCUCAGUCGAAGCCCAAGAAGCCCCACCUAUCUGGCCAAAAAGGCAGCAGCAGCUCCAGGGAGCCGCAGCCCAAACGACUGGAGGAGGUCUACACGGCUCUCAAACAAGGCUUGGAUGAAUAUCUUGAAGUUCAUCAGACGGAGCUGGAUAAACUCACAUCUCUGAUGAAAGACAUGAAGAGGAACUCUCGCCUGGGAGUGCUGUAUGAUCUCGACAAGCAAAUCAAAAGCAUUGAGAGGUACAUGAGGCGCCUCGAGUUUCACAUCAGCAAGGUAAGGAUUGCUGAGGUCCCAGUGGGUUCUUAUUAUUUUAGGGCCCUUUGUACCUUAAAAAUGUUUUAACAGUUCUGACCUGAA